AUGGUAAUCAUCUUAGUGUAUGUAGAUGAUCUCCUCAUAACUGGGAAUGAUCAGAAGAUGAUUUCAAAAGCCAAAGAAAUAUUGCAACACAACUUCAAGAUCAAGGACCAAGGAGAAUUGAGGUCCUUUCUUGGAAUUGAGAUAGCAAGAUCCAAACAAGGGAUCUUCAUAAAUCAGAGGAAAUUUGCACUAAAAUUGAUCAGUGAACUUGGCCUGACAGGAUCAAAACCAGCAAGCACACCAAUGGAACUACAUGUACUUAGUCAGUUCAUGCAUUGUCCUAAAAGAUCACAUAUAGAUGCAGUAGUUGAAGUGGUCAAAUACAUAAAAGGUGCUCCAGGACAAGGACUGCUAAAGAGCUCAAACCAGUCAACGAAACUUAUUGCAUUCUGUGAUACAGAUUGGGCAUCAUGUCCAGUUUCAAGGAGAUCAGUGACAGGAUAUGUAAUGAAGCUAGGAGACUCCUUGGUGUCAUGGAAAUCAAUGAAGCAAUGCACAGUGUCACGAAGCUCAGCAGAAGCUGAGUAUAGGAGUAUGGCAGCAGGGGUUUCAGAAAUUCUAUGGCUAACUGCGCUUUGCAGAGAAUUGGGUGCAGAAGUUGACUUACCAAUUGAACUAAACAGUGAUAGUAAAGCAACAAUUCAAAUUGCUGCGAAUCCUCUAUUCCAUGAACAAACAAAAGACAUAGAAAUAGACUUGCACUUCAUUAGAGAAAGGAUUCAAUAA